AUGGAGAAAGGAAAUCAGAGAUAUAGCAAUACAGGGUUUAUAAAAGAUGAUUAUGAGCAACCUCAAGUUUUACUUAAUAUGAUUCUAGAAAAUUAUACAGAUGAUAUUAAUAAGGAGCAGCAAACUGGAAUUUUUCAAAUGAUAAAUAUUAUUUAUGAAAAAGAUGUAUAUAGUGGACCUAUUAAAGAGUUAAAUUCAAAGAAAGAUCUAAUUUCAACAGAUAGAGAAAAUGAAACUUUAAAUAUUGCAAACCUAAUUCAAUAUAAAGGAAAAGGAAGACCUGCUAAUAAAAGAUAUUUAUCAGCCAUUGAAAACACUAAAAGAUUAAAUAGUAAAGAUAAAUUUGCAUAUGAGGAGAGAAAGAAAAAUAAAAGAAAAUAUGCUACUUAUAAAUCUUAG